UAUAUUGACUCUACGGUGAAAAUAUGCACUUUUAUUAUGUUUUUUUUAUAUAUUUGUCUUUUUUUGUAAUUUGUGUAUAAACAAAGUUGGCGUUCAAGAAUGGAGAAGAAUGUUGAUGUUUGGGUUUUGUUCAGAGUUUAUGUUUUUUUUUGACUAAAUUAACCUUAUUAUCAUUAAGUCGAUAAAAUGAAUAAUCUGGAGGAGUCGUGUGGGCAGGAUCAACUUUUCCAAGGAAUAAAAUAUUAUGUUACUGGAGAAAUACCAGAGAAGAUCCAUAAGCUGUUACGUGAUGGCGGAGGACAGCAAAUGAACUAUUUUUCAGACUAUGUGACACAUUGCAUUGUAGGAGAAAAUGCUGCAGAAAACGACAUCACAGACGCAAAUGAAUUGUAUGAAAUUCCAGCUGUUAGAAUGGAAUGGAUAGUGCUGUGUUCAAAAUGCAAGAAACUAUUGCCCACCAAGGGAUUUCUCGCAGGACACGCACAGAUAUUCUCCGGAGUGACGGCCUGUGUCUCCAAGUUGAGCAGGUCGGACGCGAGGCGAGUGUGGGUGAUGAUAACAUUCAACGGUGGCAGAGUCGAGUCUUUUCUGCAGCCUCUUUCCACACAUCUCAUUGUUUCAAGGCCAGAAGGAAUAAAGUAUGAGCAAGCCAUAAAGCUUAAUGGUCCAGUUGGUGUGGUGACUCCGGACUGGGUGACCGACAGUAUCCGUGAAGGGACGAGGUGCGAAGAGGCCCUUUACCAUCCUCGACUCCUGUUGGUGCCGAACCUUCAUGUGGAGAAUGCUCCGUCGCCUUCAGCAAAUACAACAGCCCUGGUGAGGAGCUCCGGGGCAACUUUGUCAACGGCGCAGAUCCUGGGAUUCACGGAUGACGCGGUGGAGAGCAGUCUGCCCCCACCGGCGUCUACGAGUAAGGCCUCGAUCUUGGAGCAGCUGAAACAGAGGAUGCCCUGGAACCAGCCCACCUUCACGCAGCCAAAGACUGUGGCGGUCACUUUGGCCGGGGCUGCGCCCCCCUUCCAGCAGCAGCAACCCAGUUUCCACCACCAGCCCCCGCAGAUGCACCACCCGCCCCAGCAGAUGCAGCAGCUGGUGAGGGCCCUGCCGCCUGCUGGUUCGUCCGUCCCUCCGCCGUCCUUGCAGGAGCUGCAGCAGGAGAUGCUGCCGGGGCAGCUGGGGGUCGUGCCGGUCGCUCCCGGGCAGCACCAGAAGUUCAGGCCAGUUCCAGUGGUGCAACAGCAACAGAGGGUGAUACACCACGUCCGAGGUCCCGCGUGGAGGCCAGCUAUGGGCCCUGGAGUGCCCAGACAUCCUGCUGUUGUGAAUCGAAGUGGAGUUCAGCAAGCAAUGACCUUGGGAAACGAAUUGUGCGGUGCCCAAGUAGCUGUUGCAGGCCAGCAGCUGAAGCUGUCGACGCAGCACCAGCAGCCGGUGCCGCUGCAGAUCCAGCAAGUGCCGCUGCAGAAGCAGCAGUUUGUGUUCCGCGGGGAGCCGGGUCCCCUACAGGCGCCCCCGAAGGAAGGGCCUGUCGUCACCCAGGCGUGGGGCUCCCAGCAGCAGUACCAGAUCCAGUCCACCAGGCAGAUGAUCGACGAGCACCAGCCCCAGGCCGCCUGGCCGCAGCGCAUCGCCACGCAGGCUAUGCCACGUCAGUUUGUGGUUGACCCUCAAACCCAUGCUCAGAUACAGCAGAUGGAUUCUCAGCAAAGAGCUAUGUUCCUACAUAAAAUGCAGAAACAAGGACAGCUUAUAUUCCAAAGACAACUCCAGGCUCAGCAGAUGAUACAACACCAGAGACAGCAGCAGCAACAGCAACAACAGCAGCAGCAGCAGCAGCAACAGCAGCAGCAGCAGCAGCAGCAGCAGCAGCAGCGACAGCAGCAACAGCAAGUGCUGCUGCGCGGCCAACUGCCUCACGGCCUGACCCCCCAGCAGCUGCAAUGGGUCAGCCAGCUGCGUGACAGGCAGUCAGUCAUCAGUCGGCAGCAGCAGGUGUUGGUCCCCCAGCAAGUAGGACUGCCUAAUAAUGUAAACGCAGGAUCUGGGGCCGCCACUACCACGUCGACGUGGAUACCAGUGCAGGGAGAGAAUGCUGCAGGAGACGUGCAACAUGGGAAUCGCCAGCAACAACAGCAGCAACAUCUGGUUCAGCUGCACCUUCAGAGACAGCAGCAGCUGCGCCUCCAGCAGCAACAGCAGCUUCAGCAACAGCAGUUACAGCAGCAACAACAACAACAACACCACCAACAGCAACAGCAACAGCUCCACUUGCAUUGCGAAGUACCUCCAGCCACGCAGAAGCCUCUGCCGCAGCAACAGCAGCAACCACUCCUGCACGGUCAGCAUCAGCAGCUGCAGCACCAGUCUCAGCAGCAGCAACACCACCACCUCGACACCCUGGUGUCAGGGCAGCAACAGUUCACUGCCCAGCCAGGGGAGCCCCACCUGCCGCCCCAGCAGGCCCCUCCCCCGCUGCACAUGGCCCAGCCCCCGCUGGUGCCCCGCCCACACCCUCACCCCCACCACCAGCCGCGCGCCCUCCCGGCGGUGCCCUUGCAGCAGCAGGUCGGCGAGCUCUGCCAGGACCAGUUUCGGCACCAAGAAGGAUCAGCGGCAGGACAACUUCGACUGAUGACGGCACAGCACAAUGCUUCGCAGCACCAGCCGCCACCGUGCGUGUUGCCGACUUCGCGGCCCGUGCGACCGAUUGUCAACGAGCAGCAGCAAAUGUGUUUCCAGCAGCAGCCUCAGCAGCCGCCCCACCAGCAGUACCGCCACGUGACGGCUGCAGACAGCUCCCUGCCGGUGCCCGCCCUCGUGCCCCCAGCACCCGCCAGCGCGGUCAGGACGGUGCAGCCGCAGACGGCAGCGACGGCCGUGCGGGUGGUCGCGGCGCUCGCCAAGUCCGCCCAGAGCAUGCAGAGCGCGGGCGGCGGCCAGCACCCGGGGCGUCCGCAGCAGCACUUCUACGGCCACACGCCGGGGCUUAAACUGCCUCCUGAUCGGUGUCUUCUGGGUUGUGUGUUUUUUAUCGUGGAGUACAGCAACUUUGCCAGUAACUGGAAGAAGGUUAUCACGGAGUACGGUGGUGAGGUGGAGGCGUCAUAUUUGCCAAGAAUAACCCAUGUUGUUUGUGAAACACUGAAGCAUCCUGCGGCACAACAAGCUCUUCAAGAUGGGAAGCGCCUUGUAACUGCGUAUUGGCUCAAUGAUGUUGUCGGGAGGAAGCAAGUGGUGCCACCAUGGCAGGCAAUCCAUUUCCCAACAAACUUCAGUGAUGGGAAGCCAUGCAAAAAUUUUAUUAUCUCACUAACACAGUUUGAAGAUGAUGAAAGACGCAGAGUACGAUUCCUAAUUGAAGAAUUAGGUGCCAAAUACACUGGCUACUUCAGCAAAGAAAACAAUAUUUUGGUUUGUAAAAGAGAAGAAGGGGACAAGUGUAAGAAAGCUCGACUUUGGAAAAUUCCACUUGUGAAUGUUCAGUGGCUUGGUGAUGUUUAUUUGGGCAACGGCAGCAUCAGGUCUCCUGAAUCUCCCAAGUAUCAGCAGUUUGAGUCCAUACUUGGAAAUCCUUUUGCUGUAGAUUACGGAUCUCUAAUGCAUCUUAUGGCUCCGUGGAAGGAACCCCUCCAGAUACCGCCGAACGUGUUCACUGCCAAGCUGAACACGCCGCAGCAGCGACCCAUAAAAAGAGUGCAGAACUCUGAGAACUUUGAGGAAGACGCUGCUCCUCAGCUACCUGCGAAGCUGUUCAAGAUGUCUGAAAAGAAGGAUGGCAAUGAAAAGUACCGCAUCACUUUCUCUUACGCUAAGCAAAAGGAAGAUCUGGAAAAGAAAGUAGUGGAGCUCGGAGGAGUUGUGACCGACAAUGUGAGAGAGGCGACACAUCUGGUCAUGGGCGAACUGCAAAUUACAUUCAAGUUCCUGUGUGCUGUUUCGCAGCUGCAGUUCAUUUUGUCAGACAAAUGGAUUGAUGAAAGCUACGAACAGAAAAAGUUUUUAGGCGAAGAGCAAUACUUCCUCAGCAGUGACAACAUCAAGGAGUUUAAUGGGCUGUCUCUGAGUGAAAUCCUCAGCAAACCAAACAGGGACAAACUUUUUCAGGAAAAGCAGUUUUACGUUACACCUGGUGUGGUCCCGGGACGACGUUACCUCCACGAAAUCAUUGAGUGUGCCGGAGGGACUAUACAGUUGAGAAGGCAAUCUGUCGAAUGUUCGCACUUGGCGGACCACAACGUCACUUCCAAAAGUUACAUUGUUUGUGGAGAAGGUGACGACCACUUGGUGGAAUCAAUGUCAGAAUGUUGCUUUGAAAUGUACCGCCCGACAACAGUGCUGACUGCCAUUUUGAGCCAAAAGAAGCUGGACAAGAGCCUGGUCGAUGUUGGAAAGCCAAGUAAAGAAUAGAUUUUUUAAAAAUUUUCGGAAUUUUUGUUAUUUAAAAAUAUUAAUAUAUACUGUAAUUAUUUUUGUAUAAUUAAUAAGAAACCAAAGAUUUUUGUACUGGAAUUAGCAUUUUAUAGUACAUAUUUGUGCAAUUUUAAAUAUUCUACACCAAGACUCUUUCUUAAAAUGUUUUAAUUUUAAUAAUUCAAUGUUGUGAAAAUUUUUAACUUUGGAAGUUGUAAUAAAAUAGUUGCCACAUGGAAGUGAAUUCUAUAAACAUUGUUUUUAUAGAUAAUAUUAAUUAUAAUUUUUAGUGGCAGAUUGUUAAAAGUUGAAAUUUUUUACAAUAAAAACAUGUUAUUUGAAA